AUGGUGUUUGGCACCAUGGCAGACCUGCGGGCGUCACUCACACAACGCAAGACCGUGGACCCAGACCACCCCCUGCUGGUGGCGGCCAGGGAUCGCCUUGAGGACGAGCCGGCAGACCGGCGGGCGCAGUUCGACGUGAUCGCGGCCAGGAUCUCGGCAAAGUUCCUCGGGAACCUCUAUGACGACGUCCUGCCGGCAGAAUCUGAGGAGGGGCUCUGGGGCCUGAGCGGCGACCCAAACAGCCCUGGCUUCAGAAAAGUCUACUGCGCCUGGCAGCACGCUGCCAAGUCAAGCGACCUGACGGCAACCCAGCUGUUUGAGGCUCUCACAGACACGGCUUCGGGCUCGGCGGCGCUAACGGCGCUGCUGACAAAGGGCGUGAAAAUGAUCUGCACAGAGGACGAUGACCCCUCCCUGAUUGAGGCGGCGGUGCAGCGCCACCUGGCCAAUGUCCAGGGGCUCUUCAUCCAGUCGGACGUCGACAUGCUCCCCCUGGGGCCGCGCGCCGAGGAUUGA